GUCUCUGUCACCAAAGAAGGCCUAGAGCUUCCAGAAGAUGAGGAAGAAAAAAAGAAGUUGGAGGAAGAUAAGGCCAAGUUUGAGAGCUUGUGCCAAGUCAUCAAGGAUAUCUUGGACAAGAGAGUUGAAAAAGUGGUUGUAUCUAACAGACUUGUAAGUUCCCCUUGUUGUAUUGUCACCAGUCAGUAUGGUUGGUCAGCUAAUAUGGAAAGAAUUAUGAAAGCUCAGGCUCUUAGAGAAUCUAGCACCAUGGGUUAUAUGGCUGCCAAAAAACAUCUGGAAAUUAACCCUGACCAUCCUGUCAUGGAAAACCUGAGACAGAAGGCAGAUGCUGACAAGAAUGACAAGUCUGUUAAAGUGAGUAUUUUGAACUGUAUUAACUGUCUGAUGUUAACCAUUAAAAUACCCAUUACUGAAAUAUUCAAGUCUUUUACAUAUUAAGAAACUCCUUACAUG